GGUCACAUUUUAUUGUCAAGCUCAUUUCAUAUUUCAAAUACUUUUUUUUUUACUUUUGGACAGUUUUUUCCUUUGAGUCAACUACUGAAAAAAUGUUUCAUGCAUUUAUUAUUUUCUGUAUUUCUUUGUACCUAACUGGCGUAAAUACAGACGAAAUGAAGUCAGUGUCAGUGACGGAGGGCGAAUCUGUCGUCUUAAACACCGAUCUUACUGAAAUACUGAAAGAUGAUCUGAUACUGUGGACAUAUGGAGCUAAAAGCAUUCACUUGGCUAAAAUCAACAGAUUGCAGAAAGAGAUCUUUCAGGACGGUGGUGUUGAAAGAUUUGAAGAAAGACUACAGCUGAACGAUCAGACUGGAGAUCUCGCCAUCACAAACAUCAGCACAGAUCUCUCGGGACUUUAUCGAACAGAAAUCAUCACUGGAAAUAAAGUUUUAAAGAAGAACUUUACUCUUACUGUCUAUGCUCAUCUACCCAUUCCUGUCAUCUCCAGAUACUCCUCACAUUGUUCUUCAUCAUCAGAAAUAUCAAACUGUUCAUUAUUGUGUUCAGUGUUAAAUGUGAGAGAUGUGAGUCUGUCCUGGUACAAAGGAAACAGUUUAUUGUCUAGCAUCAGUGUGUAUAACAUUAAAUCAACCGCAUCUCUUCAUCUGGAGGUGGAAACACAAGAUAACAACACAUACAGCUGUGUGCUGAACAAUCCCAUCACAAACCAAACUCAACAUCCUAACAUCACUCAUCUCUGUCAGACAAUUUCAGCAUCAGAAUCAGUAUCUGAAUAUGUCCAUCACUUUGGUGUACCUGAAGCGAUAACCCGAUUGGCUGUGGCAGCUCUGGUGGGCGUGGCUGCUGUUGCUGUGGUGAUUUAUGACAUCAUAUCUAGCAUCUAAGGAAGCAAAACUGUGACCAUUUUGGAGAAGUAAAAGCUUCAAAAACAUUUGAUGGGUAGUUCUUCCUCUUUGAAAGUGUUUUAUGUGUUUUGCAAUGUGUUAAAUAAAUCUGAUGUGGUUUGAGUGA